UGAAAGAGGACCACCGCCACUAACACCACACCACACACAAUCAUUCACCCCUUCCCCCAACUCCAUCACCUCCGCCCUCUCUCUGUUCUCACAAAUCCCAAUCUCCGACACAAACAAAUAUGAGCGAAGAUUCCAAAAGAAAUGAUGGCGGAGCUCUCGUGGCCAAGCCGCCCGCCGCCGACGAUCGGAAAUCUGCAUCCCCGCCCGCGUCUUCUAUUACCGUGUCCAAGAAAGUCAUCAUCAAAAGUGCCGAUAUGAAGGACGAUAUGCAGAAAGAGGCCGUCGAUAUCGCUAUUGCGGCAUUCGAGAAGAACAGCGUGGAGAAGGAUGUAGCUGAGCAUAUAAAGAAGGAGUUCGAUAAGAAGCAUGGCCCGACUUGGCAUUGCAUUGUUGGCAAAAAUUUUGGUUCCUAUGUGACUCACGAAACAAACCACUUUGUCUAUUUCUACUUGGAUUCAAAAGCUGUGCUUCUCUUCAAAUCAGGUUAAGCUUGGUGGUGACAGUGAUAAUGAUGCUAGAGCUUGCUUGCCCUCUUUCUCUUGGUAUGCAUUUUAUUUUUAAACUUGUGUGCAAAUCAUGUAGCUCGAGAUUCGGUGUAUAUUUGUUUCGACUUGUAAACACAUGAAUGGAGUUGAUCGGAGUGUUUCCCUCCCAGUUUUGGCUUUUGUCUAUAAACGUAAAUGGACUUGUGCCACUAAUAAUUGGUUUGA